AUAUGCACCCACACUAGCGUGCGCCCUCGAAAUAAUCGUGUUCAUUCUCAAAACGCCGCUAAUCAGUCACGCCACAGCAUUGCAAUGUCAAAGAUAUUGCACACGACAAAGUUUAUAAGAAAGUUAAAAAUUGGCGACUGGAGAUGGCCAAGUCCGCCGAUUCAACGCACACAUUGUGACAUUUUAUUGCAAAGAAAUUGGCGUACGCGCAGUCUGUGUACUGUAACCAAUGAUAGGUAUAAUGCGAAGAAUUAUGCAAAACAAUUGGAUGUAAAAGAAAAUACAAAUUAUAAUGUGCACGAGCAGCUUAACAAAAUUGCUGAAAAAAUAAAAUUUUCUGGUCAUAUUCUAAAGAGUGAUGUGGAACAAAUAUUAAAUACUGUUAUAAAAAAUGGCACCUUGACACAGAUGCAGGCUUUACUUUUACUUCGUACUUGCAAUUAUUUUACAUUCUAUGAAAAUUUAAAAACAAGAACAACAUUAUGUAAUAAUGUCUGGAGUACCAUAAAAACACUUGAUGUUAAAUUGGAUAUAAAUUGUUAUAAUGCUUUGAUACUAGUCUACCUUGAGAAUAAUAUAGAUUUUUCACCAAAUGAUAUUCUAACAGAAUUAAAAGAAAAAAAUAUACAACCAAAUUAUCUGACUUAUCAAAGAUUUGUUGAUCAAUAUUGUAGGAAAGGAGAUAUUGUUGGUGUAACGAAAAUUUUAGAAAUAAUGAAUAAUGAAAAUAUCCCCAUAAAUGAAACAAUUUUUAAUUCUCUAAUUCAAGGUCAUUCAGUAUUUGGAAAUGAUUCCAAUGCACUUAAUAUUUUAAAUAUAAUGAAAAAGGCUGGGAUUGAUCCAACGUCCUCCACAUAUGCUAACAUUUUAUGUAUUCAUGCUAAGAAUGGUAAAAUAGAUGAUAUAAGAUCUGUGCUUCAAGAAUGUAAGGAAAGAAGGAUUCAUUUUAUGAAUACAGAUAUACUAAAUGUUAUAUACACAUUGGCAGUCAAUAAGCAUUCCGAGUAUAUCGAAGAGACAAGAAAAUUAGUUAUCAGUGAUUUGGAUGUUGAAACGUUGGUUAAAUAUUGUGGAAUUUUAAAACAAGAAAAAAUUGAUGCGAGAGCAUUUGAAAAUGCUGUAUACUUUUCUUACCAAAACGAUAAACCUGAUUUUGUUAUUCCACUGUUUGAAGAAUUGAAGGAAUUAGGAGGAGAUGUAAGGGAACACUAUUUUUUCCCAUACAUGGUUUAUAAUUCAAAGAAAAACAACUUACAUGGAACAUUGGAUAUAUUGAGAAUAAUGUUUUGUAAAUUUAAUAUUAAACCAAGUAUAAGAACAUUGAUAAAUUUUGUAAUUCCUAACAUAAUGGAACCUCCUGAAAAAAUAAUUAGAAUACUCGAGUCUUAUAAUAUAUCAUUCACAAGAAGUGCCAAUGCUGUACUAUUUCAUUUACUGCAACAGAAUAAAUUAGAAAAGGCUUGUUCAUUUAUAUCGCAAACAACUCAUGCUUAUAAACCAAAACAACUAAUAGAUAAUCUAACAAAUGCCUUAAAUACAACCAAAGAUAUAAAAUCAUUUAUGAAAAUAGUUGACUACAAUUAUAACACACUUAAGAACGAUUCUGAGAAAUUUAAAGAUGAUUUUUCUAGAGAAAUGAAUGGUGAAACGUUCGUUCUAACGCAACUAAAUGAUAUUAUAAAUAAAAUUUCAAAUGUACAUGGUCACAUUGCUAUAAAAGAAAUGCUAGGUUAUAUGUGUAAACACAAUUUGAAAUUAAAUGAUGCCGUAGCUGAUAAAAUGAAAGCUUAUUUAGGUCAAUAUAUCGAUCAAACCACAACAUUUUUUCUACAAAAAUUAAAGUCAAAUGUACAAGAAGAAUCGGAAAAUGUUAAAACUGCUAUUGGGAACAAAGAUACAAAGACUGUUAAACAUUUAAUUCAGAAAUUAGAAGAAGAACAGAUAAAUGUUCCCCCCGCCUUUGCUGAGAAUAUAAUUAAUUUUUUUGCUAAAAUAGGUGAUUUCAAAGAAGUUGAGAAGUGGUUGCAGAUAAUAAGUAAAGACGAAGAUUUGUAUAAGAUGGAUAGCGAUACAAUAAUGCAUUGUGUCAAUAUGUAUCUCAAAAAUAAAAACUUAGAUGAUGCAAGCAAAGUAUUAAAAUAUCCAUGUCUAAAGAAGAGUCAAUUCUUAGGAACUGAGUGUAUGAAUGCAUUUGAUUCAUUAUGCUUCCGACAUCCAGACCGAGUCAUGGAAGUAUUCAAGACGAAUAAGAAAGAUUAUGCCAUGGAGUUAUAUAAAUUCAUGAGUGAGAAUCAUAACAUAUUGUUACAGAAAUUUAUACUUUACAAGUUUUUCAUAGAUCAUGAAGACGCUGACUCUCUGCAGCAAGUAACGGAUUUAGCUGUAAAGAUUAUUGGAGAGAAAAAAGCGUUACAUGAACUUGCUAUUGCAUUCAGCGAAUGCAAUAGAAUACAACAAGCAAAAAAAAUCUUCAUGAUAGAUGGUAUAAUCAGUUCUCAUGCAAUUGAGCAAACUGUCGAGCUAUACUUAAAAAAAAAGGAAGAUCACAAUUUGGAAAAUUUAUGCAUGACCCUGAAUGGUCUUUAUGAACACGUAGAUGAUCUUUUCUUUAAAUUAAUAAAAUUAUAUGAACAAAAUAAGCAAUUUGACAAAUGUCGGAAUCUUUGGACGAAAUUGCAAGACGAUAGCAAUACAACAUCAUUUUUCCUUCUAAAUAAAUUAGAGCAAAGAUUAAACAAGAAUUAUUCACCUACAAACUCUUUGGAUAAUGAUGUCGAAAAGGCCAAUAAACAACAGUUGAAAACUGAAGAAAUGUAUGAAAGGUUAAGUGUCAUAACAAACCAUGUCAACAACAAUAACAUUGACAAAGCUAUACAACAGAUUAAUCUAUUUCUGGAUGAUACAAACAAACUAAAACAUAAUGAGAGCUUUCUCAACAUCGUUACAAAUGUUGUCGUGAAAUUAGUAGAGGCAGACGAUCUUAGAACUUCUGCCGAAUUAGCUAAUAAGCUAAUGAACACUACUACCGAAAUAAUAAAUAGUCUAUUAAAUGAUAAUGACAAGAAAGACGAAAUGCACGGACCGUUAAAUGCAAUCUGGUUAAAACUAUUCAUAGAAGAUAAUCCUGAAGCUGAUGAUAUCUGGAAUUCAUACCUAAAGAAAUCCGUGUUUCAUGCUUUUGGUGCACUUGAUUUAUUAAAUUAUCUUAAUUUAUCAGAAAAAUUUCCUGACUUAUGUGAGAAAGUAAUGGAUAAUACGACUUUGCAACUUCGAUUUAAAAAUAGAUUUUUAACACAGUCAUGUACAAUACUUUUAAAAUCUGAAAAUACAAAAAAGUUUGAAUUAGUAUACAAUUGUUUGCUUCAUGGAGUGAAAAUUCUCAAAUAUAGUGAAUUAAAUAAAAAAAUACUAGCUUCGUUAGAUAACAAUUUAAAGGAUGGACUUUCGGUGGAAUCAUUGCGAGACGAAAGUGAAAGAUUAAAACAAAUGGCCAUUUAAAUAGCGUAUA